UUGUCGGCGGUUUUCAAGUGCGCACCUGAAACGCGCUUCAAACCAAAAACUUCAAGUUCCCAACAACAACAGCACUGAAAAAACCCAUAAAUCUAAACGUUCCUGAAGUGUUAAAAACAACUUGUAAUUUUAUUAAUAAAUAAAUUUUUUUUUGCCAUCGUUUGUGUAUAUUCCCAAAUAAUGUAUCUGGGAUUUGUGGCCUAUUUGGGAUUAUGCUGCCUUCUGCUGACUCAUCACUGUGCACAAGGUCAAGCAAAUAAAGUGUCAUCCAAGUUGGAUUUCGAUGACAUGGAGAGCAACAACCAGACCGGUGUGCCAGUUACAAUCGGGCAGGGACAGGGACAGGGACAGCAGGGUAACAGCGGCGGUGGCUAUGAUCAGGGAACAGGACGUGGAGGAGAUGGAGGAACUAGAGCUGGUACUGGAAGUGGCAACAGUGGCAAUCGACCGAAAAUACAUGGAGUGCGUGUAACGGUCGAUACGGGCGAUGGACAGCAGCAAACGAAAGCAGAGUCCAAGGAGAGCGUCGAAAUUACGGACUUGGGUAAACACAAGAAACGUGUGGGAAUCCACACGGACAUCACGUUCGAAAUAACCGCCGAGGGGGAGGCAAAUGAGACCAGCUCGGCACAGCAGCAGGGCGAGAAGGAGGAUGCCAGUGUGCCCAUUUACAAGGGUCGUGCCAGCAGCAGCCACAGUGGUGGCGACUCUAAGCACAAGUCGAGGCAACCCUACGAUCCCAAGUCACAAUGGAAUCCCAAUUAUUCCAGCGAACAUGCCGGCAAUCGACAUGGUUCCAGAUCCGACUCAGGAGGCUAUUAUCCCCAGUAUUAUCCGGAGCAUGUCUACACAAGCGGCAAUUCCGAUGUGGGCAGCAUUUAUCGCAAUGGCGAAACCUGGACGCAUUAUGUGCCCGUUUGGACCACUGAACGCUCUCCCCAUGAACAGAGUCAGCUGCAGCGACGUCCCAGUUGGAAGCCCUGCUACUGUAUGUCCUCCUAUGGCACCGACUACAGACGCCGGCGGGACAACAAAGGGAGCAAAGGGAUCCGAGGAUCCACCAGACGGGGAAUUGUCAAAACUGAUGUCCUUAAUGUCGAUGGCAAGUUGGAACAGCCUUUCUCAUAAAGAGUUCUUCCGCAAAAUUCUCAAAAAUCUUAUUGAAACCAUGAAAUGUAUUAUUGUUGCUGGGUAGUCAAAAAUUAAAAGAAAAUAAAUUUAA